GAGGACUGAAUCAACUAUAGAGUUUCACAUUCUGUGGUUGGACCACGUCAUUGGUGUGAUGCAAAUGGUGAUUACAAGUUUUACAAGUUUCGCCGCAUAGAACGUCGAUUGAUAGAUAUUCCAAAUUUUGUGGAAAAUAUGGAAACAUUAUAUCAUCAAACUAAUAAAUUAGUUCAGGAAACGCAGCAUCUUUUCUCACAACUAGAGAAAAAAUCGUCCGAUGCAGAUUUACAGGAAAUAAAAGCGGCUAUAGAGGACAAAAUCAAUCUUGUCAACAGUAACUGUGAACGACUAGAUGUGUUAUGUCUGAAAGGACCUGUAUCACAGAGACAGAAUGCUAGAAUGAGGGUGGACCAAUUAAAAUAUGACAGUCGUCAUCUUAGCGCAGCCUUGAAUUCCUGGUGCAAUCGUGUGAUGAGAAGACAAAGAGAGGAAGCUGAACGAGAGGCCUUAUUAGCAAGAAAAUUCACUUCCAAUGAUCAUGUUGAUAUUUUAAUAGACCAUACUGUACAACACAAUAAUAAUUUACACAAUGCGGUUCAUGGCAUAGAUGAUUUAUUACAUCAGGGAAGCAGUGUUUUGGACAAUCUAAAAUCUCAGAGAUUAACGUUGAAAGGAGCGCAUAAACGUUUAAUAGAUAUCGGUAAUACCUUGGGUCUUUCUAAUACUACUAUGAGGCUAAUAGAGCAAAGAGCUCGACAGGAUGGUUUUAUUUUGAUUGCUGGUAUGACAUUUACUUGUCUAAUCAUUAUUUUGGUAAUACUUUAUCUUAGAUAAACAUUCCUAAAAAUUGUUAGAUAUAAUAUUUGUAAUUAUAUCAAUACAAUUGUUAAUUGUAGUUCUUGUAUGAUUAACAUGUAUACAUUGAUAUCUUAU